ACUCCUAUUGGACAAUCCAGAUUCAACUAAAAUGGCGCGAGACCAAAACAAUAUUGGAAUGCCUGGCUCCCUAGGUGUUCUUGAAGACAUGAUCUUGUAUAUGGAGUCACAGAUGGAGGCCUUGGAUGUCCUGCAAUCCUCUGGUCAUUUUAGCCUUUCUGGUUCACAAAGGCAAAAUUCACAUCACCAGUCGAGCAUCAGAUUCAAUGGUCGUCCCAUUCUGCCACCAGUGAUGACAACAGCGAGACGUGAAGAAAUGACUUUACACAAGCAUCAGGCUCUUAUUGCUGAGACUCGUUUACGUGCACGCAAACGUGAACGUCUAGUGGCCAAGGUGCAGGCAGUAGUGAAUGAUAUGGAGGAUCGAAGCACACCAAGUACAAGCCCUAGGCUGGACUCUCCCGAGGAAGAUCAUGGGAGCCAGGAGCAGGAGUACAAGGACCAGGACCCCAAGGAGCCUGAUAAAGAAAAUGAUAAAAUCUCACAAAAACUACCAAGUUUAGAGAUCAACAAAUCAGACACGGAACCAAUAGAACAAUCAGGUCCACAAAGUCCUUGUGAACAAAGUCCACAUGAAAACAGUCCUGAUGAACAUAGUUCGAGAAUUAAAAGUCCUGCAUAUGAAGCCAUUUUAGAAUCAAUCAAUGAAAGUGCCAAACCCAAUAAUAACUUCAACGUAGUUGCUGCAGUCAUUGCAACACGUCUCUCACUUGCAGAAAACUUGGACAAUAAAAAGUUGGAUACUACAAGUGCAACUACUGAAGAGCAUGUAGAUACAGAACCAAAGCAAACUGAUUUAGAUUUAAACAAUGUGACAGAGAAUUUACAAAAUGUCGAGUUAACAAAUGAAAAUAUCACAAAUAAAAAUGCUACAUAUGGCAAUUCAAGAAUAGAAGAAAUCAAAAGUGAGAAAUCUGGAAAUGGACCGGUUGCUGAUGAAAAUUCUGCAAAUGGAAAAGAUCUCUUAAAGGAUCAGACUGUAACGAUUAAGAAAGCUCCAAAUUCUGCUGAGGAUGUAACAGAGGAAGGUCUCCAGACCAUGAAGUCCACUUCAAGUUCCUCCACAACUAGUAGCUCAAACAGUGGUUUAAACCAAACUGUGAUAACUAGAGAUCAGUCCAGUCUUUUACAGAAUAUAAACAAUCAGGUGCUGACAUCUUUAAAUGAUGUGAAAAACUCUGAGAAUAAUAGCAAUAAAAAAGAACUGGAGAAAGAUGUUUUGCCUCCUGUACAAACUCAUGAGCAGAAUCCUAAAAUAAUUUCAGAUUCUGGUUAUACAAGUAGAAUGAUUGAAGAAUCUAAUUCUCUGAAUAACAACUCAGAGGUCAGACAAAACCAAACAGACAAUUUAUCAACAGCCCCUCUAGUGAUUAAACAGACUAAUCCAGGAAAGGACAAAAAUUCUGGAAAAACAAAUAAUGGGCUUAAAAUGGAGAAAGAUGGCGCCAGUGGGGUUGACUCUGACAUUGAUGACCGAAGUGUAAGAGCGAGCACCAUAUGUGAUAGUGAUGCCAUUAGCUUCUUCGGUGAAUACCACACCCUCCCUAGUCCUGGACCUAGCAAGACCCCUGAUGUAUCACAUAUUGCUUAUAAUGAGCCAAACAAAGACACAUCACAAGCACAUCUUGAGGUGUCCAAAAAUUCUGAUGUCCAGAAUUCUGUACAGACAACCCGUGAUAUGAGCCUUACAGCUAGUACUGAUAUAAUGCAGUAUAUGAAGGGGUCUCAAUGUACUGAUAUGGGGUCUUCGAAUUAUGCAGAUACACUUAACAGCCAUAUGACUUUACCAAGUUGCCAGGUUAAUACAUCACAAAUGAGUGAUACACAGACAAUAACACCUAAAGUAGGAGAUAAAGCUCAGCCAUUAAUGGGGCCAGUUGAUCCACGUGGCUCAUACAACCUAGACCAUCCCUCUCCAGCACUCCUGGCCAAUCACAAUAAAGGGUCACUACUUCGACGUGGUUCCUACAAUCUCGAGCACCCUUCCCCAGCAUUGGUAGCAUAUGCAGAGUCAAGGGCCAGUGGUACUAGCCCAGAGGACAUUAACAUGAGUAACAGAUCCAAAUCAGUUCAACGGAAACUGGAGUAUGAAAAUCAGAUUGAUAAAGAUUCAUUGAAUGAACAUAGUGAGGUGUCAACACAAUAUAAACCUAUUCUAAAAUCAACUCUGGAUAAGUCGAAAGAAAAACAAGCCAAACAAGAACAUUUAAAUAUGUACCUUUCUCAGCUGAGUCAGUUACCACCAACAGCUAAUCAAAUGCAGUAUAUAGAUGCCCAUGAUAUACAAAUGAAAACCCCAAAUAUAAAUUUAGAGACCCCUGGAGUUGAAAUGUCAACCCCUGAUAUGAUGUCUAAGGAAGCGCUACAAUUUAACCAAGAAUUACACGAAGACUUAACAGAGGAGCAACUGUUACAAAAACAAGCUGAACAUUUUGAAGAACUAUCUCAACAGCUGGUUGCACAGCAGCAGCUACAGCUGGCAACAUUACUACAACAGCAGCAAAAACAACAGGAGAUAUUCCAGAAAGAGCUGUUGGCUCAGGAACAAAGCUUUAAGCAACAAAGAACAAAGUUAGGAUCAAUGAACCAAAGCAGAAAAAGUCCACAAAAUGUACAAAAUAAACAGGAUACACCUAAAAGAACUUCCACAAGCCCAAGAGUUAGAUCGAGUCCAGUAAGCUUAAAGUCAAGUCCAGGAAAAGCUCGCACUUCUCCACGAAAUCAAUUUGUGAGUCCACCUACUAGACCAGUUCUACACAGGAGGAAUGUAUUACCCACAAAUGAACAUUUACCAGAGAACAUUGUUCGCGGAUUCUGUAAAUUAUCUGCUGCUGUGAAAGGUUACUUGACCAGAAGAUUACUGAGAACGGAAAAAGUUCAGGCCACCAUAAAAACAAUCCGUGACACGGCAGAGUUUGCCCUGAACUUUCAGGCAGAGACACCUAUUAAGAAAGGAGUGUAUUCUCGUCAGGACAAAAUUCUUAAUGAUAGGAUCUUAGCACAGCUUCAAGCCGCCAUGUUAGAAUUCUAUGAUAUUUUCUUCGAGAUAUCUAUUCCUGAGAAGAUGUCGCUCAUCGACCAAUCGCGUCGCUUAGAACAAGAAAAACUACAAAAAGAAUUCAAUGCAGUCCACCAAUCAAAGACCUCCAAGGCAAUAAGAGACAAGCGGCUUAGUGCUGCAACAUUGAAAGCAAUGGAAAGGAAGAAGAAAGCGCAGCUUGCAGAGGAGGCAGUUUUCUCCCAGAAUGCAUUGUCCCGCCCUAGAACUGCCCCACCAACAACAUCAAGUCCUAAAAGACGCAAAACUGACAUGGGAGCUGCAAUUAAGAGAAACUAUGGCCACCUCAUGUCGAAAGUUCUUAAACCGCUACAGACUAACAGUCCAAGAAUUAGAAAUAGCAACAGGCCUGUUACAGCCCCUCCACCCAAAACCACAGCUGGUUCCAACAGGCCUACAUCUGCUCUGUCAAGACCUACAUCUGCGCAGUCCAGACCUACAUCUGCUCAGUCCAGAGCAAAUUCUGCUCAUGCAAAAGAAGCUCCGAUCUCAAAGACCAGGAUUAUUCCUAAAGUACCAGGAACUAAAACAAAUGAAGGGGGAAUUCUUUCGAAGCCAACUGGACCAGGACAUAACAAAGACAAGGUUCCGACAAGAACUGUUGCACGUUAACUUGCGAUUAAAUGAAAUAGAUGUAAAAAUAAAACUUUGGAGUUGUGAGUCAAGACAUUCAUCAAAUAGUGGAUAUUGCAAUCGAAAUAUAUACAUGGUGUCCAUAAAUUGCAAUACAAAGUCUGUGUUAAGUUUAGAGACUUUAUGGACACUGUGUUACUUUUCAAGAUUUGUGGGUCUUGGUUCAGUUACUCAAAACAACAUUAGAGGACUCAGUCACAAAAAUUGGUCAUGAUUGUUUGAAUAGGAGUUCAUUCAUGGAGUUGUAUGUUGAAUGUGUCAAAGGUUUUCAUGAAAUUUCUGAGUUGUAUUCAUUGAGCAUACAUCCCUUGACAGUUUAUUUGUUUAAAUCUUUGAUAUUCAUCAUCAUAUUUGCAAACUGUUUAUUGCAUUAUGUAUUUAUUAUGAAG